CUCACCUCCAUCCUCAGCACCACCACAAACACACACCAUGUCCAACAACGAGAGCAUCAGCAACAAGGUCGGGAACGCCACGGGUGGCGCGGUCGGCGACGAGACGAUCGUCCACCAGGCCACCCACCUCGCGAGCUCCACGCUCGACUACGCCAAGGGCCUCGUCGGUCUGGGCCAGGACGCCGGCGCCAAGUCGGGCGAGGACGCCGCCAACAACGCCCACGGCGCCAACUCGCAGCACACGCUCGGCGAGCUCGUCGGCGAGGCCCGCGACCUUGCGGCGAACGUCCUCCACACCGCCUCCGACGUGAUCGCGACGGGCGCCGCCAAGGCGCAGGACGCUGCCGGCGACGCGCAGCAGAGCGCCGAGUCGGGCGCGCCCAAGGGCUACGUCGCCCAGGCGCGUGACCUUGCUGCCGGUGCUCUUCAGCAGGUCGAGGGCCUCAUCGCCACCGGCCAGAAGAAGGUCGAGCAGUCGGACCUCAAGGGCCAGGCCGACCAGGCGGCCUCGACUCUCGGCCAGAAGGUCGACGAGACCAAGAAGGCGGCGACCAGUGCCGCCCAGGACGCGUCCGAGACGACCAAGGGCUACGCCGCCGCCGCCCAGAAGGACGUCGCCGACAAGACUGCGUAAAGUAGUUGACGUUCGACCGCCUCGACCCGAUUUUACCCCUCUGGAGGAGACGCCUCGUCCCCUCUCUCGCGCUUGUAGCCUGAUACCCUUUCGCCGGUAGUGCAACGUCGAAGCAGUUCAGUGCAC